GCGAUGGAGUCCGAUCGGAGCCAGCCGCGUCCGUAAGGAGCCGACCGGCUUGCGGCCAUACAAAUAUGAAAUACGCUCCGACUCCACCCGUUAAGUGGGAAUCGUACUUAUAGGGGCGAUCAGUGGUUUGAGCCUUGAUCAAUUCAUAAAAAAGCCGGCCUUUAAAAUAUCUCAGUGAAGUUAUUCAUUAACUGCCGGUAGUCGCCAUAAACGAUGUAAAUUAAAUACCGUCAUUUAGUUCUAUUAACUCGAAUGUAAAGGUUUACGAUCGAAUAUUUUAUACCAUCACAAGAGUACGAACAAACGUUUUAUAACUACCACCUACCACUUAAUACAGCUCUCCGUGAUGAUACUUGAACAUAUGUAGAUCUGAUAAAUUAAAAUAAACAAGAUAUACUUUUAUUACCUAAGUAAAAUGCAAUGGAUUACACUUACCUUAUAACUUGGUGAUUAAACACAAUAGUCCACAAUUCGUCAAUUAAAAUAAAAUACACUUUACAGUAAUAAUGCACUAACUACUAAUUAGUUUAUCUUUUAUCAAGUUUUGUUUCUAAUGCUCCCGCCAUUUUGAGAAGCCGACGUUCCAUUACGCUUUAAUGUUUAAUCAAACGCGUUCGUUCUAAAGGUUACAGUAGUAAAAAAAGUAAAAGAGAAACGAAGAAUUUGAAGUAUGUACAGUUAAAUAAUAUGAUGAAUUAACUCUACCUUCCAUAUGAUGAAUUAAAGUUAAAUGUCAAUUUUGUUCGUUUUAAUUUUAAACUUUUUUUGUUGGGGUGGCAUGUUGUUGGUAGAUUUUUCUAGUAAUUCAAUGAAAAAUGUGCGUGCAAAAGAACGUAUGUUGCGUCGACUACACUGACUGACAGAAAUGACAGCUAAAUGUAGAAAUUUGAGGUUAUAAAACAAAACAGUGAUAUUUAUCCCGAUUUCAAUUAAAAUAAUAAUUGUUUUUAGUUAUAAUUUCGAAUAAAAUAGUCUGAAUCAGCUUUAUGGAACAAUGAAGAAAAUACCGGAGCAGAAGUUGCAAGCGUUCUCAGCUGGCUCAAUGGGAGCCCGGAAUUUAUCAAAGAAAGAGCUAGAAGAAUUACGGAAGAAGGAAGAAGAGGAAGCUGCAGCUCAUGUGUUCAAAGAAUUUGUGGAGACAUUUCAAGAAGCACCAAGCACCACCUCUAAAGUUUGGGUGAAGGCUGGAACUUAUGAUGCGGGUGCUAGAAAGGAAGACACCUCAGAGCGCGGCAAGCUCUACAAGCCUACAUCACGAUUUGAGGACAAGCGCCCCAGCGCCGAGGAUGUUGUACGCAGCCUGGCACAGCGCUCCACCGAGCAGACAAGGCUGCGGGCCAAGCAGAGCAAGGACAAGAAGAAGAGCAAUCUUGAACUGUUUAAAGAGGAAUUGAGGAUGAUACAAGAGGAGCGCUCAGAACGGCACAAAUAUAAGAAUGUCCUGCGAGAACGAGGUGCUCCAGUGGGUGCUGAGCCAGCCUCGUUGGAGCUUCUGCCUGAUGUCGGUUCCUAUGAUACUGGAGACCCCAAUACAACUAAUUUGUACCUGGGCAACCUCAAUCCUAAGAUAACAGAGCAGCAGCUGAUGGAGAUCUUCGGCCGCUACGGGCCGCUAGCCAGCAUCAAGAUCAUGUGGCCGCGCUCGGACGAGGAGAAGGCCCGCGGCCGCAACUGCGGCUUCGUGGCCUUCAUGAGCCGCCGCGACGGCGAGCGCGCGCUGCGCUGUAUCAACGGCAAAGAGAUAAUGAGCUACGAGAUGAAGCUGGGCUGGGGCAAGGCCGUGGUGAUCCCGCCCGUGCCCAUCUACAUCCCGCCGGUGCUGCAGACGCCGUGCCAGCCGCCGCCGCCCUCCGGCCUGCCCUUCAACGCGCAGCCGCCCCGGCACCGCGCCAACAAGAUACCACGAGUCCGGCCGGGCGAGUACUACCCGAGCGACCCGGAGGACCGGCAGGCUUACGAAGAGAUACUUUCACAGUCGAUUGUCAAAGUAGUGAUUCCAACUGAAAGGAACAUCCUAAUGCUAAUCCACCGCAUGGUGGAGUUCGUGAUCCGCGAGGGCCCGAUGUUCGAGGCUAUCAUCAUGAACAAGGAGAUGAACAACCCGUUCUUCCGGUUCCUGUUCGAGAACCAGUCGCCGGCGCACGUCUACUACCGCUGGAAGCUGUUCUCCAUGCUGCAGGGUGACUCGCCCAAGCAGUGGACCAACAACGACUUCCGCAUGUUCAAAGGUGGUUCAGUAUGGCGUCCCCCGGUCAUGAACCUGUAUACCGCGGGCAUGCCGGACGAGCUGGUCGACGAGGACGAGUCGAAGGAGAACAUACGUGGCACGCUGUCCAAUAACCAACGCGAUCGGCUCGAAGAACUGAUACGGGGGCUCACGCCGAGCCGCGCGGCCGUGGGCGAGGCCAUGGCGUGGUGCCUCGAGCACGCCGAGGCGGCCGGGGAGGUGACGCAAUGCCUGGCGGAGUCGCUGGCGGGCGAGCACACGGCGCCGCACAAGCGGGCGGCGCGCCUGUACCUGCUGUCCGACAUCCUGCACAACGCGCAGGCCAAGCUCACCAACGCUAGUGCUUUUAGGAGCGCCAUUCAAUCCCGUCUCCUCGAAAUAAUGCGCGACUGUCACCUGGCGUGGUCGCGCAUGGGCUCGCGGCUGCAGCAGGAGGGGUUCCGCGCGCGCGUCACGCGCAUACUGCAGGCCUGGGCCGACUGGGCCGUGUACCCCGCCGACCUGUUACUGGCGGCUAGCGACGCCUUCCGCGGACGGACGGACACGGACAAGGCGGAGCUGGAGAACAUAGACGGCGUGUCGGAGCCGGGGUCGGGCGGGUCGUCGCCCGCGUCGGGCGGCUCGUGGGAGGGCGGCGGCGCGGGGCCGCUGGACGGCGCCGCGCUGCGCCGCCUGGCCGCCGGCCGCGCGCCGCCCGCGCCGGACAUCGACGGCGUGCCGGGUAACGUACCGUCCACAUACUGCUUGGGAGGCCGGGGCGCGGGGCCGCUGGACGGCGCCGCGCUGCGCCGCCUGGCCGCCGGCCGCGCGCCGCCCGCGCCGGACAUCGACGGCGUGCCGGGUAACGUACCGUCCACAUACUGCUUGGGAGGCCGGGGCGCGGGGCCGCUGGACGGCGCCGCGCUGCGCCGCCUGGCCGCCGGCCGCGCGCCGCCCGCGCCGGACAUCGACGGCGUGCCGGGUAACGUACCGUCCACAUACUGCUUGGGAGGCCGGGGCGCGGGGCCGCUGGACGGCGCCGCGCUGCGCCGCCUGGCCGCCGGCCGCGCGCCGCCCGCGCCGGACAUCGACGGCGUGCCGGGUAACGUACCGUCCACAUACUGCUUGGGAGGCCGGGGCGCGGGGCCGCUGGACGGCGCCGCGCUGCGCCGCCUGGCCGCCGGCCGCGCGCCGCCCGCGCCGGACAUCGACGGCGUGCCGGGUAACGUACCGUCCACAUACUGCUUGGGAGGCCGGGGCGCGGGGCCGCUGGACGGCGCCGCGCUGCGCCGCCUGGCCGCCGGCCGCGCGCCGCCCGCGCCGGACAUCGACGGCGUGCCGGGUAACGUACCGUCCACAUACUGCUUGGGAGGCCGGGGCGCGGGGCCGCUGGACGGCGCCGCGCUGCGCCGCCUGGCCGCCGGCCGCGCGCCGCCCGCGCCGGACAUCGACGGCGUGCCGGGUAACGUACCGUCCACAUACUGCUUGGGAGGCCGGGGCGCGGGGCCGCUGGACGGCGCCGCGCUGCGCCGCCUGGCCGCCGGCCGCGCGCCGCCCGCGCCGGACAUCGACGGCGUGCCGGGUAACGUACCGUCCACAUACUGCUUGGGAGGCCGGGGCGCGGGGCCGCUGGACGGCGCCGCGCUGCGCCGCCUGGCCGCCGGCCGCGCGCCGCCCGCGCCGGACAUCGACGGCGUGCCGGGUAACGUACCGUCCACAUACUGCUUGGGAGGCCGGGGCGCGGGGCCGCUGGACGGCGCCGCGCUGCGCCGCCUGGCCGCCGGCCGCGCGCCGCCCGCGCCGGACAUCGACGGCGUGCCGGGUAACGUACCGUCCACAUACUGCUUGGGAGGCCGGGGCGCGGGGCCGCUGGACGGCGCCGCGCUGCGCCGCCUGGCCGCCGGCCGCGCGCCGCCCGCGCCGGACAUCGACGGCGUGCCGGUGGAAGAAGACGAAGACAUCGACGGCAUACCCCUAGAAGUGGAAAAGUCACGACCGGUGGGAGGCUUCGUCCCGUCCAAGUGGGAGAGCGUGGAGCCGUCCGACGCGUGGCCCGAGCCGGCGCAGCCGCCUCCUGCACCCUCGAUCACGCCCACGCCACAACCUGAUACUCCCAGUACCACCACCAACACAUCGAUGUCUGAAGAACUUUCCCUAAAGCGAUCAGUGCUACGCGACAUCGAGGUCAAAGUCCUAAAGUAUGCCGACGAGCUUGAAGCCGGGCACCGUGCGCGCCGCCCGGGGCUCACGCCGCAGCAGCAGCUGCAGCACUACCGCCGGAAGCUUAUCAAGAAGGCGUCCCGAGAAGCGAAAGAGGCAGUAGAAGAAUCAUUAGAGUUGCCCUCGCCGAGACGGCGGCUCUCUCCCGAAGACGACACAUACUCGACUUCAUCGAAAAAGUCCAAGAAAUCUCGCGAUCCAUCCCUGUCACCACCUGUGAAAAGGUCACGGCACAGUGACCGCAAGUCCCGUUCGCGUUCGCGCGACCGCGAACGUUCGGGCGAGCGUCGCGAGCGCGAGCGCGAGCACCGGCGGCGCCGCUCGCCCGCCACGCCGCCCUCGCACCACCACAGGAAGCACGCCAAGCACUCCAAGUACAAAUAUUAGAGGAUAUUAGGCAAUAGUGCAUACAAGGGAAGGUUGAGAUACUGAUCCCCAUUUCAUAAAACUACAAGUUACAAUUUCGAGUGUUUUACAAAAAAAAUUACUUAUAUUGAAAACCUGAGUCCCACAGAUGAUCUUUUUGGGUUCUUCCAACUCAGAAUCAUUAGCAUAUUCAAUCCUGAUGUUAAAAAAAAAAUCCAAAAAAUUUGUAUGGAAUAUUUUAGUUUCCACUAUACACACAAAAAAUACGCAUUAUAAAAUGACGCAAUGGAGCGGUUAUUUUAGGACAUCUUUUUUAAUGGUAGGAUGAAGAAUGCUGACGAUUCUGAGUAGAAUAACCCCAAUAAAGUCCCGAUUUGUAAGAACGAGUCAUUCACGAAGACGCGUGUUUUAGCUCAUAUUAUCACCCUAUUAAAGGUUAGAUGUAACAAAUCUGCGCGUCAUCGUGAAUGACACGAUCUAUAACUCUGUGUAACUCAUACAUAGUUAAAUCAUUUUAUUGACAGUACGAUACAAGGUUCUUUCAAGUAGUAAAGGUAUCUGUAAUUGAUAACGAUAGGCUUGCGAGGUGACUGUCAUUGUGAAUUUACUACUAUCGAAAAAAAUAUGAUUGAAAGUUGUUGUAAAUAAAAUUAAGAUGAACUUGACUUUUACAAAUCGUGUGCGUAAGUGAUUUAUUUCUUUACAAUGCCACCAAUCUCUUUGCAAUUUUGCUACAAAGCGGUGAGAUUUUAGAGCACAUGUUAUAUUGCUUCAAUAAGGAGUAUUAAUGCAAGGUUCUGCCGCCAGAGUGCAGCACUAGCACAAUCCGCAAACCAUAGAGUAACAUACAUACUAUGCCGUAAACAAUUUUUUGACAAGUCGUUCAACGUCAGAAUAAAAUCGCAAAAAUAUAAUCAUAAAUAAUAACAAAUCAUUUUAAUUGAAUAAGUUUUCUAUAUAUUAGGAAUAAAUAUGACAUGAUGCAUCAUUUCGGUUUGUUUACUAUUUGUGCUAGUGGCGCCCCCCACGCAGAGUUUUGCGCAAUCCCUAUAGCAAUUAUCAUUUUUUAAUUAUAAGACUGUGAAUGAGUGUGCGAAUGGGGUUUUACGUGUUAGGUAUUGUGACACUGUACUCUGUAUCUUUAGGUAUUUAAAUAAAAGUAAAACAAAAUCUGCUUUCAAAUGGACCCUUAAGCCAGUUGAGGGUAGAUGAAAACAUUACAUGAUCAAAUAAUGUAGGUUAAAGUCAGGUCGUUCAGUGACAGAUCCAGGCGGUUUUGUAUUUGGUUGGUUAACCAAUAAAUGUUAGAACUACCCGAAAAUGUACAAAUUAUUUAUUUACUUUUAUUUUAAUACCUAAAGAUACAGGGUAUAGUCAGCAUGUAAAUGAAAUUACAAUUUAUGAUUGUAAAUUUUUAUUUAAAUAAACAUUUAAUUUCA